CCCUGUUUGCUUCUGUCUCUGUUCUUGUGCCCAAGUCUCCAGUUUUGCUCCGUAUCUCACUUAGAUUUUAUGGAUAUCAUUUGCAAAACUGGUUCCUCUGAUUCACCCAAAUUGUUCAAAGCUGCCGUCUUCCCUCCAAUUCCGGUCAAAUCUCAGCCGUCCGAUCGAUUAACGCCCUGGAGUAGUCUUCCCAAAUAGCACCUAACCCAUUAUCGAAUUUUCAUAUUUACAAAUCAAGGCUCCUGAUUUCAUUAUAUCCAAUUGUCGGUGGGUCAGUACAAGUUACGGACUCAUUUUGCUAGCAAAGUGACUUGUACUUGACUAUUAUUUCUAUAUGUUUACAAAAGAAGAUGUCACAACAGCAGGCCAAGUCUCAUGGUUGGGCUGCCUUUGACCUCAAACAGCGUCAGAAAGGCCGGGCGCCUCAAAUUGACGAGGAUCCUUUCCCACCUAUAGUGUCCACUGUCAAGUCUCUGCACCCAACUGUACUGAGGAAUGAUGAGGCUCCCAGAAAACCUUUCUCAUCUGUAUUUCUCCCUUCUGUAGAUGUUUCAUCUUUGGCAGAGAACAGAAAUGGUGAAAGAUCCUUAUUAGAUGGAAAUUCUAGUAGGAAGCAUACUCCCGUGGAAGAUCAGAGAUCUUCCAUAAAGAAGAUCAAGGAUCAUUACUCUUGGGCCGAUGAUAGUUUGGUGGAGGAUAUCAUGGCUGCAGUGGAUAAUGAUAUUACUAACGCCUCAAAUUUGUUAAAAGCAAUGGUCUCUCCGAGCAGGUCUGAAGUGAACAAGGAAACCAGUAUUUCAGGAGUAGAUUCCAGUACGGAUGCCUCCUUGAGCGAUAAAUGUUUUUCUUCAGAAUCUGCUGCUGACAUUGCUGAACUCAGCUCUACUAUCGAGAAAUGUCUCGAAGAGAAUAACAUAAAAUGGUCAAAUGACAAUGAUUUAUACGGACAAAAGCUUUCUAAUGAUGCUGGAAAUGUGAAACUGACUACUAGUAGUUUGGAGUCUGUACCCAUUGAACCUGAGUGGGAAGAGGAUGAUGUUUACUUGAGGAUACGAAAAGACGCAUUAAGGAUGAUGAGGUCAGCGUCUCAGCAUUCAAAAGCUGCCGCUAAUGCCUUUGGAAGAGGUGACCAUUAUUCUGCUCAACAAUACUCGAUCAAGGCUAGAGAGGAAUGGUUAGCUGCUGAAAGCCUUAAUAACAGGGCAGCUAAGGAAAUUUUAAGUAUCAGGAAUAGCAAAAAUGAUGUUUGGAAAUUAGAUUUACAUGGUCUUCAUGCAUCAGAAGCAAUUCGUGCCUUGCAAGAACACCUGGAGAAAAUUGAAAGGAAAAUACUUUCUAAUCAUUCAGCGUUGCCAAACAGAGCUAAGAUGGAAAGCAACAUUCAACAUUCAUCAGUUGAAUCUUUUAGUUGCACGGACACAGAAAUUGUGGAACAACUGCAGGUUUCAAGACAAAGACCAACAUCCUUACAAGUCAUAACAGGUAUAGGCAAUCAUAGCCGAGGACAGGCUGCACUUCCAACAGCUGUGAGAAGUUUCCUUAGUGAGAAUGGAUAUCGCUUUGAAGAGCUGAGGCCAGGUGCGAUCACUGUUCGGCCCAAGUUCCGCCAUAGGUGACUCAUGAAGUUAUUAAAUCAAUGCAACUUUAGACGGAUUUAUGCCCAGCAGCAACUCAGGUCUCCUAUUUAUACGAGUAGGAGUAAAGAUUUAGCUCUGUAUCACUGUAUGAUUAAAGAAUCAGAUCCUUCAUAUCAGUAGCAGGUCAUGUACAUUAGCAUUCAUUUCCCAAUGUAAUAAUGUGUUAAUUUCCUGGAUAGAUAUACAUUCAUACAUCCAUAUAUUUGUCAAUAAGAAACCAUAAUGUUCAUU